UAACCCUUGAAUGGUUCAACACAAUUUCCUGCUUCUAUUCUCUCUCUGCAAUUCUUGUAUUGCUUCUCAAGCAAUUCCAUAUCCCUUUCCAAAAAUUUUGUUCCCCAAUCCAUAUACCCAUUACCUUUUGAUUAAUAUUGUAUCCCAGAAUAGUCUUUGUUUUACAUUGCAUUCUCUCAUCCUUCAGAGAUGUCUCUGAUCAAAGAUUGCACAAGAAGUUGAUGAUUCAUCGGAGACUCUUCUGGCCAAGAGCCCGCCGACAAAAGAUGGAGAACUCUGUCACCAUUAGAUGCCGCAAUCACUUAUGGUUGGUUGUCUUUGUCAUGUUUGUUUUAUGGUACUUAUUGCUUUAUGUUCCUGAUUGGUCUUCUCUCCGUCUCACCUCUUUACCGCAAAACCAUGUCAAUUUCAUUGAAUCCCAACACUCUAAUCCCAAUCAAAAUCCCAAUCAUGUUGGUGACACUAAUCAUCAUUCCAUCAGCACUACAAUAUCCGAUGAUGAUCGUGUAAAACCAGAGAAUGAAAUCGGAACUGAAACAAAAAAUAGAAAAAUUAAGCCGAUCAAACCAUCCGCUGAGAAAGAAGGAAUUGAAAACAUUGAUCGAGUUAGUGAAAACAGAGAAAAACCCACUUCUGAUAUUGUCGAUCAUCGUGGCGAAAAACCCGAAGAUGGAAGUAGAGCCGCGGCCAAACCACCAGAAAGAAUUGAAAAGGUUGACCAAACACCUGUUUCUGAAAACAGAGAAGAACCAGCAUCUGAAAAUCCUGAAUUACAAGCGUGUUCGGGUCGAUACAUCUAUAUUCACGACAUUCCAAAGAGGUUCAACGAUGAAUUGAUAGAGAAUUGCAAGUCACUCAGCAACUGGAGUAACAUGUGUCAGUACAUGGAGAACAUGGGUCUUGGCCAGCGUCUUCCAACCGAUAAGGUCUUCUCAAACACCGGUUGGUUCGCCACGAACCAGUUCUCGUUAGAAGUCAUAUUCCACAACAGAAUGAAACAGUACAAGUGUUUGACAAAGGACUCAACGAAAGCUUCUGCAAUUUUCAUACCUUACUAUGCAGGCCUCGAUGUUGCUCGAUAUCUAUGGGGUUCGAGUGCAUCAGCAAGAGAUUCUGGCUCAAUUGAUGUCUACAAAUGGGUUAGAGAACAACCCGAAUGGAAAACCUUGUAUGGUAGAGACCAUUUCUUGGUUGCAGGGAGGAUUACAUGGGAUUUCAGGAGAGGGGUCGACGAUGACUCUGCUUGGGGAAACAGGCUAAUGCUAUUGCCUGAAUCCAAGAACAUUACAAUGCUGACAAUUGAAUCCAGCCCUUGGAACAGCAACGAUUUUGCAAUACCAUACCCGACAUACUUUCACCCUUCGAAAGACAGUGAAGUGUUCCAAUGGCAAAACAAGAUGAGGAGGCUAAGAAGGCGGUUCUUGUUUUCGUUCGCCGGAGCUCCUCGGCCCAACAUGGAGGACUCAAUCCGAAGUCAGAUUAUGCAACAAUGCCAAGCAACGAGGCGAAAGUGCAAGUUGUUGGAAUGCCAAAACAAGGGGAACAAGUGCAUGAAACCGGCUUACCUAAUGAAAAUGUUUCAAAGCUCGGUGUUCUGCUUGCAGCCUCCCGGGGAUUCAUUCACCAGGAGGUCGACUUUUGACUCGAUUGUCGCUGGCUGCAUUCCUGUGUUUUUCCACCCAGCUUCUGCUUAUAUCCAGUACUUGUGGCAUUUGCCGAAGAAUUACAACAAGUACUCGGUUAUGAUACCGGAGGACGAUGUGAAGAACAAUAAUGUGAGCAUUGAGAGAGAACUAAUGAAGAUUCCUAAUGCUAAGGUCGCGGCGAUGAGGGAGGAGGUGAUAAAGUUGAUUCCGAAGGUGAUAUAUACUGAUCCAAGGUCUAGAUUGGAGACAGUUGAAGAUGCAUUUGAUUUAACAGUGAAGGGGGUUCUUGAGAGAGUGGAGAGAUUGAGGAGGGAGAUUGAGGAGGGAAGGAAUUCUAGUGUGGGUUUUCAUGAAGAAUUUAGUUGGAAGUACAGUUUCUUUGGGACAUUAGAUAACAGAGAAUGGGAUCAUUUUUUUAAAAGAAGAGACAGAGAUAGAUAUUAACAUGACAAUAAAGAGAAAAACAGAAAGAACAGAAUAUGAAAAAUACAAUGUAGUUUGCUUUAGUUUUAUUAGAAACAUUUUAAUGUUUUUUUUAGCUAAUAUAGAUCUUGAUUUGUUACGUUUUUGUUUAUUUGUUGAGAUUCUGAAUUCUUUUGAGUAGCUCAGUUUUCACCUUAUACUGUAUGUCUAACACCAUAACCAAUGCCCUUUUAUUGGCCGUGCACGUGCUUAUUCUUUCGGAUAUUCAGGA